AUGCCCCAGCGCCGCUCGUCCCCGAGCUCCCGCCGCAGUCCCGCUCGGGCACGACGCCCCGCCGACCUCGACGGCCGUGCCGCCUCCGGCCUCCUCCUGCCCCCUCCCCCACGCCUCCCCUCGCCCCUCCUCUUAAAAGGCGACACCCCGGCUCCCCUCUCCUCUUCCCCCCGCAUCUCGCCGUCCAAGCCGCAGCCGCCGCCGCUUGCUCUGCCGCCGCCAUUGCCAGAUCCGCCGCCGCCCAGCCGCAGCAGUAUGCCGCCGCGCCGCCGCCACUGCUGCCGCCGCCCGCGCCGCUGCCCCGCACCACCGCCCGCGCUGCCUCUCGCCGGAGCCGCCGUCCGCAGCCGCGCCCGACGUCGCCGCUGUCCGCCUCGCCGCCGGAGUAGCCGCCGCCCCGGUCUUUUCUCUUGA